CAGAGAGCUGUAAGACAAUGCCAUCCUCUAUCGCAUGGGGCCUCCUGCUGCUGGCCAGCCUAUGCUGCUUGCUCCCCGGCUGCCUGGCUGAAGACGUUCAGGAGGCUGCUGCUCCCCAGCAGGACCAGAAACACCCAGCCUUUCACAGGAUCACCCCAAACGUGGCCGACUUUACCUUCAGCCUGUACCGGGAACUGGCUAAGCAAUCCAACACCCACAAUAUCUUCUUCUCUCCUGUGAACAUUGCCGCAGCCUUGGCCAUGCUCUCCCUGGGCACAAAGGGCACUACCCACACAGAGAUCCUGGAGGGUCUGGCCUUCAACCUCACAGAGAUUACGGAGGCAGAUGUCCACGCAGGCUUCCAGAGCCUCCUCCACUCCCUCAACAGGCCCAGCAACCAGCUCGAGCUGACCACAGGCAGUGGUUUGUUCAUCACCGAGAACCUCAAGCUCCUGGAGCCAUUUUCAACGGAUGUGAAGAACCUGUACCAGUCAGAGGCCUUCACUGUUGACUUCACUGACCCUGAAGAAGCAAAGAAGCAGAUCAACAAAUAUGUGGAGAAGGGCACACAGGGGAAAAUUGUGGAUCUGGUGAAAGACCUGGACAAAGACACCGUGCUUGCCCUGGACUGGCAGUGCGUACUGUGCAGCAGGUAUCCAGACCCAAAGCUUGAGGUGGAUCAGGCUGGGGCCAAAGUCUUCCGGCUCCCAGACCAGGAGUUGUUGGCACGUUCCUGCCAGAGAAGAUUCUGGGUGAUCUCACAUAAAUCCACAGAGAAGUUCGUGGUGUUGGGGGUGGGGAUCUUGGCAGCCAUGCUGAGCAGGGUUGUAAUACGAACUGUUCCCCUGGCCUCUGCUGGUGGAGGGGAGGGUCAUAGGAAGUGUCGGGAACGUGGACUGUAG